AGCAAAAUAUGUCGAGGAAGCUCGUUUGGCGACGGCGCACUGCGGAGGGCUUCUAUCGUCCGCCGGGUCAGCUGCCGAGCGUGGCGGCGUUGGGCUUCUGUCGCCGCGCACGCUUCCUUGUGCGCCUAUCUCCUCCUCAGCCGUCGGAGAAGUGGAGGAGAAGAGGGCGCGAUGGCGUCGGCGUAUUCGAAAUCGGCAAUUUCGGCAUCGAUGUCUGCCAUGAGGGCUCUUGACGGGCAGAAGCGAAAGCCUUGCCGCCGUCAACGACGCCCCACGCGUCGAAAAUGUAGAGGGUAAAGUCAAAGCUUUGCUUGAAAGAAUUGAAGAUGGAAAGGUUUCAGAACCCGUGUUUUUUUUCAUUUCUCUAUAAAACUGGUGAUCAUAAUUUGUUCCUGUGAUAGUUGCCUGGGCAACAUUGAGUAUCUACAAUUUGAUUGAAUUUUCUGCUGUACUCUCCAUCUUAUGUUGAUUUUUCCAUCUUUGCUCAUUGGUGUCACUGAUAUCUCUCUCUAUUAUCACUAUGCUAGCCAUAUUCUGCUGUCAUUUUACUAUUGUUAUCUCUGUCUUCAUCCACUUUUUGGCUUAUUUACUCAUAAUAUAGUUACAUUUCCUGGUAUUAUUUGAUUACUUUCCUAUUUUCUCAUAACACUAGUAUAUUUCCCCAUUAUUCUGCAUCUAAAAUGUAUUCACAGCUAUUGCAAUCUAAUUCUCAUUUGUAUAUACACUUUUUUAGGUGAUGAUGAUCUAUUUUGUAAUGAUAUCACUCUUCUGCAUCAUAUUUUGCUUAUAUUGUGAAUAAGAUAUUUCUUACAAAUAUUUGCAUUCUGUUACUUUUAUCUUUGCUUUCUACAAAGGGGUGAUUGAAAAGCUUUAGAGUUCAAAGAGUACAAUCUUAAUGCUCAGGUGCAACCAAACCAAAUUGGCUAUCUGCAACCUUUGCUAGAGGCAUAGUUAAACUAACCUCUUCACUUUCUGUUACUUCUGAUGAUGUAUGCUUGAAGUAGACAUAUUGGCUAGACAAAUAGUUGGUUCCACUUGUUGAGUAUACCUUUAUGUAUUUAAUUUCAAAGAAAGUUGAAGUCCUGGUUAAGUUUGUGAAUUGUGAUUAUACAUAUGUUGUCAAGACUAGCAAUAGUUUCACUUUAGCAUAUUAAGUUACUUUGCAAUAUAAUGCAGUUACAUUUUGAGAAAUAAUUAAAAACAAUAUAUAUGUGCCAUCUUCCAUCAUCUCUUGUGAUGGCUUGUAAUGGAUUAAGUACUGCUGUAACAAAGGUUCUAACUUUUUGAUGCAAUUUUCAUGAAAGUCGGUGUUAUAUCAACUUGCCAUGUUAUUUUGUUAUGUUAAAGUUUUGAUGACAGAGUGUUGAUAUACAAACUUGGUAAUUUCGAUAGAAAAAGAGAAGAAAACAGAAUAAGGUGAAAAGUGGCUAACUUUUAUUUUUUGGAGAUGCAUAUUUAAUCUGCAUGGACUCCAAAAACUAAGAAAGAGGAAAUGGUCUUAUCAUCAUGAUUAUCUCGAUUCAGUGGUCCUUGUGCCUACAUCGAUACUUCAAACUAAAAAAGAAUAUUAAGGUCUUUUUAACAUAAAUAAGCUUGAUCCUGGGGGCCUUGACAUUUAAGGCUUUGCUGUUUUAUGGCCUAGUUCAGCCAGUAUGGUAUGGGUCUUGUCAUACUGGCAUGAUACUUAGCAUCAUUGUUGGUACCAAUGUUUCACAACUUGUGAUCUGUGCAGCUCUAUAUGGAAAUACAUAUACAGAUGCAAUCAUGUAAUCGCCUUGCAUAAGGCUAUGCAAUCUGAUGAUCUAUGCAACUGUGUUGUCACAACCACUUGUCAUUUUGUAUUCCUGUUUUGCUUCACACUCUACUCAAUUAAAUAUCUAUAAUCAGUUCAGAACAAACAACAUAAUAUGUUGACAUGUCACAUUCGCUUCCCUUCUGCUGUUUGAUCAAGCAAGAGGACUUGCUAUGUCAUUGAAAGGCUUGCAAUUUUGGUUUUCCUUAAACUUCAAAUUACUUUGUCUCAGGUCCGUGAGGAAAUUCAAAGUAUCUUUCUACAAAUGGGUUUUGAGGAGAUGCCGACAAAUAACUUUGUUGAAAGCAGCUUUUGGAAUUUCGAUGCUUUAUUCCAGCCACAACAGCAUCCUGCUCAUGAUUCACAUGAUCCUGGUUCUAGGAGAUACUUACCUGAAGAUUAUGUUGAGAGAGUCAAGCUUGUUCUUGAAUCUGGUGGAUAUGGAUCCAAAGGAUAUGGAUAUGAUUGGAAAGGGAAGAAGCUGAUAAUAAUCUCCUUCGGACACACACAACUGCAGUUUCUACUAGAAUACUUUACAUGCUUGCUCAGCAGUGUGAUGCAUUUUUGCUGCUGCCCGAGCCGAGAGAUGAACCACCAGCCUGAGGAAAUUGAGCAAGAUCAGAGCACAAAGCCCUCCAUAAACUAUCAUACGAAACCGGCUCCCUUGUGCAACAGCUACCACCAUCAGAUCCAAGGAGUCCGCUGCAACCAGAAGCCAGCUUGUUGCUUCCAGUGUCAUCCUAAUCACCGAGCUCAGCUUUUCUUCUCCGUAAAUCCUGCACGCCAUCCUGGAACACAGAGCAGUGGCCGUCGACACUGUAGUCUUGGACCAUCCUCUGUAGCCAAUCAGGCUUCCUCCGAGUACCAAUGCCUCCCUACGGCACACACAUGAUGCACACAGGCCGGACAAAGUAGACUGUCUCAGAGCUGCCAACCCUGUGUAGUAAGGCAAGAGGACGGAAUCCAGGUGCAGGCUGGCAUGCAGAAUUCCUGAAACAGUCGAAGCUUCGAGCACUGCGUACUUGAUGUCGGUGGCAGCUCGAUUUCUGAAAGCCAGGGCUGAGACAUAGGCGAGCUGGAGGAGGGCGGGACCGACGUGUGUCAGAGGGAAUAUGGUGCCGAUCCUGCGCCCGUUUGCGAAGAUUAGGACGAGCAAAGGAAGCGCAAUCGGACCCGAAGGCAACAGGUAUCUUCUCUUCCACCUUCUUCCGUUGCUGACAUCCACGGAGCUCCGCCUGCAUCUGAGUUCAACGAGGGUGAAGACGGUGGCUGAGAGGAAGCACGAAACGGCGAAGAGCAGCACCGACAGGUCGACGGCGGGCGGGUAGUCUCCUUCGUAGGCGCUGUCGCAGAAGUAAUGGUAGGGGCAGUUGACCAGAUCGGUGGUUUCUUCCACCUGCCAUCUGGUGCACUUGAAGAACAGCUUCUCUGUGUUCUUCUUCAUGCUUCGUCCUCGAUGAAAAGGAUCAUCGGUCUUUGGGCGGUGUCUUCUUCUUGCUCUCAACACCCUCUCCAGCCGCGGCGGUAGCUGGUGCGCCACCUACUCUGAUCCUCUCUCUCUCUGUGUUGGUUGAGGUAGAGCUUCGUAGCUUCUGGCAUAAGGAAACCAUAUGCCACGGUACGUAUUCACGGCUGAAGCUGAAACAGCAAGGGAUAUAUUGGCCGUGAACACGUCCGGAGGUCAAAGGAUGUUUGACUUAGUGAGGGAAGAGAUAAUGCAGAGUUGCCUACAAGCCUGUUAAAAGUCGGAUCAAAAACAGGGUUUGGUGGGGAUCCAUCCAUGACUGUUUUCUUUAUAUGAUCUACGAUUCCUGCUUGUUAUUCUCGCUUCUAUCGGCCAUACUAUAACAGCAGGUUGUGCUCCACCAGCCACCACCACCUAAGGGCAGAAUUCAAGUAACCAGUCAACUUCUCUGGGUGGAAUGUCCUCCACCUCCUUAUCCGGUGGAAUUCUACCCGUUUCCACCAUGAAAACAAAACAUGGAAGGUGGGAUACCAAUUGCCUUAGAUUGUAACCUAAGAACAUAUAUACCAAUUGCCUUAGAUUCUAAUCACUAGUAUUAUUUCUUCAGAGACUAAUCAUGUAUGGUUAAAGACUAAGCCUAUUAGUACUAAUUAAUGCAUUUGAACCUUUGUGA